UGCACAAAUAAAUUAGCUUGUAAGUUGUACGUACAUUUUUCAACAUAGUGUACUUACGGCAAAGCUCAUUGCCCUCAGAACAAAUACCAGGAUUUCCCAUCACCACCAAUAUCAUGGCUGUCAGUUCGUUGUUUUGCUUGAUAUUUCGCUUUUUGCUCUGUGGGUGUUCGUGUUUUGUAGGAAGCUGUGCGGGCAGUACCGACAUUCGCUUUGUUGUUCCAAGUUUUGCCUAGCCUACCCAUUUGCGUGCCGUGUGACAAGAAAAGCGAGCAGAGGGUUCAAGCUCGUGCAUGCGCGUGUGAAUGGUGAUCGCGAAGUGAUCGCGUCUGUCUCGCGCUCUAAAGUGGGCACCUCCGGAGACUCCGGCGGAUGCCCAUUUUUUGCCAGCUGUGCUGCGUCGGAACACUGUGCCCUUGCACAGUGCGCAACGAUCAGAAAGUUCCAGUUAUACUGUUUUUCGGUGAUUGUGGUUCCUACUGAUUUGCACUGGAAGUGCUGGAAGCAGCGCAGCGUCACAGCAGGGCGUCACAAUAUGGGUCGUUGUCAUCUGGUGUGGCAGUUAUUUGAUGGGGGCAGUGAACAAGGAGCUGCAUGGCCUCGGUUGGAGCACCCGUGUGGCUACUGUCGGUCUGAGCCGGGCGCAGCCGUCUGGUGGCCAAAAUGAGCUAGGCCAUGGCCAUAUGGCUGCUGCUGCCCAGCGGGGCCGGGUCGCUGCUGGUGCCACUGCUGCUGGCAUGUUGCUUGCCAGGCCCAGUGGCUGCCAAGCCAUCGGACACCUGCAACCGUCAUCGCAAGAUCCUUACUGCUCCCUGGGGCAUCAUCACUGAUGGCAACGACAGCUACCGUAAUGACUCGCACUGCGAGUGGCUCAUUAGAGCUAACUCCAGCAAGCUGUACAUCACAUUGCGUUUUCACGAAAUGGCUACAGAAUGUGCCUAUGAUCAUGUGUUUGUCUACGACGGUGACUCCUAUAGCAGCCCGCUGUUGGGAACCUUCAGUGGCGAGUCUAUACCCCCACCUGUGACGGCAACAUCUGGUUCUAUGCUGAUUCUUCUCUACAGCGACACUAACUACGUCCUCAAGGGUUUUGUGGCUGAGUACUCCAUCACACAGUGUCCAUCCAACUGCAGUGGCCAUGGCAGUUGUGGUCGUGAAUCAUGCGUGUGUGACCUCACCUGGGCAGGACCUGACUGUGGCACACCUGUCUGCCCUAGCUCCUGCCAUGCUGACCAAAGCCAGGGCAAAUGCAGCUUUCCUUGUGCCACAACAAGCUCCCCAGGAUCAUCUGAGACUCCAAACUGCUGCCGCUGCUCCCAUGGUUUUGCUGGGAUCUCUUGCAGCUUGCCUGAAAACCCGAAUGACUCUGCUGCUGGUUGGCACCUCCUCUCAAGGGGCAGUGUCCCAUUUGUUGCCCGUGCAGGACAUGCGGGCGUCUAUUUGCCUUUCACAGAUCAGUUCUUUGUAUUUGGGGGCCGCGCGUUUGGGCGUGUGCUGGGGGACUUUCUCGUGUACAACUUCAAUGAGAGCGCAUGGCACGAUUUGACCAUUGUGAAGCCACGACCUGCAGCUCGCUGGGGUCAUGCGAUGGCUCCUUAUGCCCACACCAUUGCUCUUCAUGGGGGUGAGCUUGCCAAUGGGAGCCUUUCAUCUGAGCUGUGGCUCUACAAUGUUGCCAAAAGGGAGUGGACACUUGAGUUGCCUUCACCUGCUGGCCAGUACCCACCUGCUGUUGCACUGCACACGUUGACUCCUGGUGACGGCAAUCACCUAUACGUCUUUGGUGGUAGGACAGCUGGGGGUGUGUUCUCAGACGCAUUGUAUCGAGUGAAUCCACGAAAUGGUACCCAGUGGGAGCGUGUGAGUUAUGUAGGUUCUGUGUCUCCUUCAGUUGGCCAUGCUGCAGUGUUUCAUGCUGAGUCACGAUCUCUGCUGGUGCACGGUGGUGUGGUGGUAGACUAUGCACGCUUCAGCAAGCUGAGCUCGGCACUGUGGGCAUUUCAUGUGGAUGCCAAUCGAUGGACACGUCUUCAACGAACACCUCUUGGUGGUGAUGCACCCACAGAGCGGGCAUUUCAUGCAGCAGCCCUUGUAGGUGGCUACAUGGUCCUCUUCGGGGGUUAUAUGCACAAGCACUCAUUUGAAGAAAAGUGCUUUGACGACGGCAUCUACUUGUACCACUUGCGCUGCCACAAGUGGGUCUCAUUCAAGCUUGUCGCGGGGGAUCUUCUUGGUCAUGGCCGCGGUGAUCGGUGUCCCGGUGUGUACUCUCACGUGAUGGCUCUCCGUCGUGGUCACACUCUCCUGGUAUUGGGAGGCUACCGAGGAGUCAUGUCCUCUGACCUCUGGGCUUUUCUCUUACCGACCACUAUUACACACGCUUAUUCAGAUUCAGCCUCUGGAGCCUGCAUUCGCCAUAGAUUUGAGACUGCUUGCCAGGCGAACCCUGCCUGUGCCUGGUGUGGUGGCUCUGGUGUCUGUCUGGACCGAAGAAAAGUCAAGGAUUGCCGUUCUGGUAACUUCCGCCCGGGUAGCUGCCCUGGCUUAUGUGCAGCUCUGGGUGAUUGUCAAAGCUGCAUGAUCUGGGGUGGCCAUAACAGCAUGCCUAUGGGUAGCAAUGAACUCCGGGGUCUCUCUGCCAAGGCUACUUUCCCACAGGCCUGUGGGUGGUGUGUUGAGGCAUCAGCCUGCCAUCCCAUUCAUGAGCCUCCUGGAGUAUGUCGUCCUCCCCAUGAUGGUCGCCUCUCAGCAGAGCAAGCAGGCUUCUGGGGUCCGCAUGGCCAAAUUGUGGCCUCCUUGCAUGAAUGCCGCACAUUUGACUUUCGGCCAGGCCUUUUUCUCCUGCAGUACAGGAAUCCAGUCAACCUCUCUCAACCAGAUCAGGUGUCGUACGUGAACAACAGUAGCCAGCAUCUGAUGUUCACCUCCGAGUAUCAAGAUGAACAGGAAGGAGGUGGCGAGCACGUGGCACGUCUACUAGGCUUUCUGCACCCUCGGGGAGCCCUGCCACCAUCGGGGGGGCCACUGCGCCUCUUCCUUGAUAUCAAUGGAGGACGUGCUGCACUGCGCUUGGGCCAAGCCGGAAACGCCCGCCUCGAAGACGCUGAGCUGGUAGCACAGUUGAGUGCACAUAGCUACAAUCGAACAGAGGCAAAACGCCCGAGUGGCCAGCCGCUUCUGCUACCGUCAACAGCAGCGCGGGAGCUACGUUACCUUCUCGAUCUCUCUCUACAUGCACCAGCCAAGUACUGCACCAAACACUGCGAUCGCAACUUAGAUCUACGAUGGAAUGCUCAUGACUCUCAUCAAGUAAUCUCCAGCAAACACCUGGAACCAUAUCGCAAUGGGACCCAGUGCCCAUCACGGGGCACCUGCCUGGCAUGCCUGAGUGAUGCUGGCUGUGGCUGGUGCCCAUCAGCUUCGGCUUGCGUGCCACGGCAGCCGACCUCAUCAUCCACUGCCAAGGGGGCAGCACCGUGUGCCCCAGGGAGCACACAGCUCUUGGUUUUGGAGCCGCACCACUGCCGCACCUGCUCAGUGUUCAUCUAUUGUCACGACUGUGUCCAGGAUCCAUUCUGUGAGUGGAUUGUGGAGGGAGCCUUCUGUGUACGUCGAGGCCGCCACAGUUUGGCUGUCAGGCAUCCGGAUCUUUGUCCGACUCCAUGUCACCUGCGAAGAGGAUGCAUUUCAUGUCUGGGGGACCCUGGGCGGUGUGCCUGGUGUCGAGAGACGCAGAGCUGCUUCCUCUUCUCCACGUACACCACCUCCUUCAUGUAUGGUGGCUGUCGUGAGUGGGUUGAUGAGGACCACGGAAGCCCCAAAGGAGCAACAUUCCCAGGAGCACAGUGUCCCAAUUGCUCAGCAUUUAAAGACUGUGCUGGCUGCCUGCAGAAGCUGGGCUGCGGUUGGUGUGGCAAUGACUACAACCCAAACAAUGGGGUCUGUGUGGAGGGAGACUUUUCUGGACCUUACGUGGGCACCUGCUCAGAGCGUGUACGCAAGCAAUUUCCUUCACUGGGGGGCCCCCGGGAAGCAUCAUGGUCUUAUGCACAAUGCCCUAAUGUGAACGAGUGCAAACUCAAGCUGGCACGCUGCCACCCAGAUGCUACCUGCUACGACACUGUCCACAGCUAUCGAUGCCAGUGCAACCGGGGCUUCAAAGGAGAUGGCACCAUGACAUGUGUUAAGACGUGUGCGGAGCAUUGUACUCACGGUCACUGUUCGGAGGCACCUGAUUUCAAGUGUAUCUGCCACUUGGGCUGGACAGGACCACGAUGUGAUGUUGACUGUGGCUGCCACAACCACAGCAGCUGUGAGCGUGGAGUGGGGCGUUGUGAUAGUUGCCACAACCUCACUGAGGGAGACCAUUGCCACCUCUGCAGGAAAGGGAGCUUUGGGAAUGCCACCAGUCCUUUUGGCUGCCGUAAGUGUGCCUGCAAUAGACAUGGCGAUGCCACACGAGGCACAUGCGACUCAAGCACAGGGGAUUGCUACUGCCUGCACAACACCCAUGGGAAACAUUGCGAGUCUUGCCAUCCAGGGUACUUCGGUGAUCCCAGGAAUGGAGGCCGCUGCUACAUAGACUGCAGUCCCAAGCGUGUUGUGUACGUGGAGCCAGAUGGAGGUGGACUGGGUGUGCCAGAAAUGGAAGGUCCAGUGGAGGCCCGCCACUGCCUAUGGAUCCUCACCAGUACUCUAACCAACAAAAGCAACACUCUCUCUAUGCAACCAGGAGCUACCUUGGAGUUAACACUGCUUCCAAACCUGAGGGUUCCAUGCCCUGAAAAUCAUAUCUAUGUUUACUCGGGGGUUCCACCUUUCGUGCUUUCUGCUGUGCGUGGCAGUGAAGAAAGUGUGCUGCUGGGAGCGUUUUGUGGUACCAACCUGACAGCAAACAUCACACUGGUGUCACCAACAGGCUGGCUUUCGGUGUACUUUCGGCGGGGCCGCUUGCCCCAAGGGUUCAGUGCUAGUUUCCGUCGCCUGGACUGCCCCAGUGCGUGCAUGUCUGAGCAGCAGCGCCACUGCAGCCAUAGUGGAGAGUGCGUGUGUGGCCGUGGCUAUGUCGGCAGCCACUGCCAGGUUGCCAGCUGCCCCAACGAGUGCUCAGCCAGCCAGCGCCAUGGCCUCUGUGAAAAGGGAUACCGGCUCUGCCACUGUGGAGACCAGUAUGGGGGUGCUGACUGUGGCCAUGCUCUGGUGCCGGGGCAAGUGUCGUGGAGCCUUCUGUUUGAGCUGGAACGACUCACUGGGCAGAUUCAAGGGGCCAGUACAGGUGGUGCCAUUGAGCUGCCCCACUCACGCCUGGGCCACUCACUCCUCUCUCUUGAGCCCAACCAACUGUGGCUGUUUGGAGGCAGGGACCCUGCACGGGGUGACAGUGAUGAACUUUAUGUGUAUGACCUCGACUUUGAUCGUUGGAAAAAGCUUAACGUGUCACGUGACAUGGGCCAAGCUCCAACGGCUCGUCGUUCCCACGGAGCUGCUAUGGUGGCUGGCAACAUGUACAUAUUCGGUGGGCUCAAUGCCACUGGUGUACUGGGUGACUUCUGGAAAUUUGCCACAGACUUCUACACAUGGACUCGUGUUCCAACAACUCCAGAUGUACCAGCCUUAGCAGGCCUGACACUGACCAACGUGGACAACCAGCAGCUGGUGCUCAUAGGAGGGUUUUCUCCUGAGUAUGGAUUUCAGGACAAAACACUUGCCUACAGCAUUGACGCCAUGGACUGGCGGGUCCUCAAUACUACAGGCACUGUCCCCAUUGGUGUGUACGGACAUACCAGCAACUACCAUCGACCAACGCAAAGCAUCUAUGUGUUUGGAGGCAUUGUGUACUCAGUAGAUCGCCCACUGGUGUCAGACCACCUGUACGUGCUGCACAUGCCAAGCCGCCGCUGGUCUCGCCUGCCACCUGACGAUCGCGCCAACCCAGCAUACUCUAGGAUAUCCCCUCGCUACUUUCAUGCUUCAGCCUCCACUGAAAACUCUUUGUUUAUCUUGGGUGGCCGCAAUGGUUCUGGAGAGGCAAUCUUGGAGCCAUUUGCCUAUGACUUCAGUUGCAACCACUGGAUCCCACUUGAUGGGCCAUAUGUACAGUUAGUUGGUGAGCAGCCUGCAGCCCUGGUGGGUGCCUCAGCAACCCUUCUCCAAGGCAAGCUGUACAUACUAGGUGGGACGUCAGUGCGGCUGCAGCGUGUGACCCUUCCCCAGGAUUUGUGCGCCCUCUUCUCGCACAGCCGGCUUGGAUGCCUGCGCUCUGUUGGUUGUUCUUACUGCUCUGUCCAAGAUGCCCAAGGAAACAUCACUCACUGCUACUCCAGUGCCAGGGCAGUCCCAGCCAGCUGCAUUCAUCAUCGAGGAGGAACAUUGGAGGUGGCUCAAGGCAAAGUCUGUGAUGCAGAUUGGCUUGGGAACCGCACCUGUUACCAGUACAACAACUGCGAGGAUUGUGUGGCCUCAUGGCCAGUACAUCCCAGUGUACAGCACACAUGCCAAUGGUGCACAGGUUGCCGUAAAGGCCGCUGCUUCAGGGCAGGGGAGUCAUCAUGUGAGAAGCCCAUUGGCUGUGAUGGGCCCAGACACCCACUUGUUUCAGACCCUGCUCAGUGUCCACUGCGUUCUUGCCUUGCCUCAGAGUGUGAGAAGUGCAGAGACCUCGGGUCCUGCAUGUGGACUCGACAAGUGGUCCGUUCAAGUGAACUUGGUCACACAGUUAAUGUUCGUCCAAUCUUUGACUGGACCUGUGUGGGGAGAACAUUGAAGGAUGCGUCGAGUUUCCCGGUGGAGUCAAAUCCUCCACGGCCCUGCCCCAAGCGCUGCAGCCAGCACACAUCUUGCACCGAGUGCCUUGCCAGUGCAGGAGGUGAAGGUGGCUGGCACGAGUGCCGCUGGAGCUCUGCCCUGGCUGAAUGCAUGACUCCCAGCUACGUGGGCCUGCGGUGUGAAGGAGGGGCAUGUGGACAGGUUCUCGGUGGGUCUGUGGAAGCGUGCGGGGUGCCGUGCUAUGUUCAUGGCCAGGCAGCCCAUUGCCUGCGUGAUCCACGGUGUGGCUGGUGUGGUCUCCGUGCCCCGGGUGCCAAUGGAAGGGGCCUCUGCAUGCGUGGGGGACAUAGGGGGCCCACAGGUGGCUCUUGUGGUCCAGCCUCUGUCUUCUUGCAUGGCCAUCCUUUGCCAGCCAAUGUAUCCCACUGGCUUCAGACACUCGGGAGUGAAGUGCACUGGUACUACUUUGUGCGGCCUCCUGAGAAUGAGUGCACCAAUGGACACCAUACAUGUGAUGCCGAGAGGGAGGAGUGUGUUGAUACACCGGAUGGCUUUGAGUGUAUCUGCAAGCAAGGCUAUGCCAUCAGCAGCAACAGCAGCAGUGCUGGCAAUGGUGGCGCUGCUGGAAGCCCAAUGUGUGAGCCUGUCUGUCCUGAAGGAUGUGACCAGGGCCAGUGUGUGCGACCAAAUGAGUGCAGAUGUAACUUUGGCUACGUUGGGCGCAACUGCUCCAUACUCUGCCACUGCAACGGUCACAGCGACUGUGCUGGCCCUGACCACCUUGAUGUUUGCACAAAGUGCCACAACCACACAAAGGGCCCCCAGUGCAGCCACUGUGAACCUUUCUACGUGGGUAACCCUGCCAAGGGAGGCCGCUGUGUGCCAUGCCUUGAGUACUGCAACCAACAUACAAAUAUCUGUGUUGAAGCAGGGCAAUUAGACUUCAAUGAAUCGGCCGGCAACCUUUCACCUGCUGAAUUCCUGGAGUCGUUCAAGCAGAUUGAGCAUGGUCCACUGGAGUUAGCUGUGUGUCGUUUCUGCCAGAACAACACGAUGGGUGCUCAGUGUGAGGAAUGCGUCGAGGGCUACUUUGUUGUGGGCAAGGACAUCGCUCGUGGCUGUCGACCGUGCGAAUGCCACGGGCAUGGGGACACCUGUGACCGGCGUACUGGUGAGAAUUGCAACUGCAAGAACAACACGGAAAAUGACCGCCAGUGUAGCCAAAAGAGCGGCAAGAACAGUGCCAGCCCCUGCUGGAACCUCCAGUGCUCCAAGUGCAAGGAGAAUUUUCAGGGUGUUCCUACCAAUGGGCACCAGUGCUAUCGUCACAUGCGUCUCGAGCAGGACUACUGCUUGGACCCAGAGACACAGGAGUGCAGUCCAGACCCAAACCUGCUGCCUCAGGGUCGCACCAUGUUCUUCGUUGUUCAACCUCGCUAUAUGAACGUUGACAUUCGUGUCAUUAUGGACAUUACCUCAGGUGCAGCUGAUUUGUAUCUAUCAGCUAAAGAAGACACCUUUGUCAUUGAAGUCAACCGCACAACUGGCAUACAUGUAGUAUCAGUUGAUCGGAAGUAUGGCGUUGGCUUAACUGGAGACUUGACAGCAAACGUAGCAGUUCCAGCUGCAGCUUCGCUCCGUAAUGGUACCGAUGCCCCUUGGCUUCUGCGACCUCGCCAUGCCACACCUGCAGGGCUAGCCACCUACGUCACAGUGAGGGACCCGCGUGAGUUCCUGUUGGUUCACAAUCUUCGGCACCGUCUUGUUGUUACUGUGCCUCAGAAUGUGUAUGACUUACGAAGCACGCGGCUCUACCUCGUUAUCUCAGGUGCUAGUGAAGUACCCACACGUGGAAGCCUUUUCUUCCGUCAGGACCAGACACGCAUCGAUCUCUUUGUCUUCUUUUCUGUAUUCUUUUCCUGCUUCUUCCUUUUCCUGGCAGCCUGUGUUGUGGUGUGGAAGGUGAAGCGUGCUUUUGACAUCCGCCGAGCUCGUCGUUUACAUGCAGCACAAAUGGAACACAUGGCACGUCGGCCAUUUGCAAAGGUGUGCCUGUCCAUUUUGGAUGAAGAGGAGAGUGGUGACAGCUUUCGGUCACCAUUACGUAAAAAACCUCAACGUCGCGCCCUCAGGGACUCGCCUAAGGGUGUCCCAGCAUCUUGUGGAUCAGUGCGGCCAGUUGCUGUGGAACCCACAGGUGAUGGUGCAGCAGCGGUGACUACAUUAAUGGUGCAACUUCCUGGAGGACUGAGUGCUCCAGUGCGACUUGCACUUGCUUCUGCACUGGUGGCUGUGCGUUCUGGGGGAGGGGGUGCAGCAGGUGGCAUCCGAGCUGCGAUGAGGCGGAGGACAAGCCACAUAAACUUGUGAUAUUGGACAUGCUGUAAUGUUCUUUAUUGGAAUGUUAUACUCUGAACUCAUUUGGCUGGAUAGUAGUGGUGCAGUGAGUGCAGGCCAUGUUGCAGCCUGAACUUUGAAUCCAGCUCAAGCAUGUGCUGUGGCUGUUGUGACCAGUGCGAGUCCCUUUCUGACACCUGCUUUGUCUUUGAGAGGACUAUUAAGAUACUUUUUUUGUAGAGAGUGGUAUUUAAAAAGAUGAUCGUGGAUUCAGGGCAGCAGCUUUCGGGCGUAGACUGCCAGUAGGCAAUUGCAGUGCUUUCUCUUGGGCUUGUAGUUUAGUACUUGCUUUUUUGUAUUGGCCCUGUCUGCAGGAUCGGGUCUUAGAAGCCCACUAUCAACUGCACACCUACAAGAGCACUGCUGAAGAUUUGCAGUGUUCCUGUUAACCAACCACAGAGACAAUGUUUUAUUCAUAGCGUGCGCACCAUAUGUCCGCCUAACUCAGCAAACAUGACUAGACGUAGUUGCAAAUCUAAAAUGUUCGUUAGUUCAUCAAUUAUAUGAAAAGUCACAAUAGCAGUGCCUCAGCUGCAGUCUUAUGCUUUGACCUCAAGCAUGAGAAAUCAGAUGCUCAUGUUCUUUGCCAUAUCGUAGUUAAGUUUUAUAAUUACUUCCUGUAUUUUCAGGCCACAAUGCACAUCAUGUAUUUACAUAUCCUUUCGUUUUCUUUAUAAUUUUGAGUAAGAAACUCAACAAAAGUUGUCUAAGUUUAAUUCAAUAUAUCUUUUACCUGACAUUGAAUGUUCAGUUACCUCUCACUUUAUAAUUGCAUACUUCACAAUAGCUUACCCUAAUUAGACUUGUAUUGAUCUGCUGUGUAGUACUAGCUUCAGUGGCAGAUUCCAAAAACAAGCUUUGUUUUAUGAAAGGUCCUGAAGGCCUAUGACUAGCCAUCAUAUUUUAUUACUUAGUUCAUGCAUGAGUAUUAAACUUUGCUCUUGCAUACUUUGUUUGAUGACACCAUGUUUGUCUAAUGGUUGCAAGUAAUCAAGAACUUCGUGUCAUCCGUGCUGAAUGUUUCAGAGGGAGAUAAGUAUAACUGCAAAGUUGCCACACAACACAUUUGGUCAUGUUUUGCACACUAUGUUUGGUGCCAAAAUUUUUAUGACUCCAACCUGCAGUAGCCUAUUUGAUGUCCCUGCAACCUUAUUCCAUUCAUUCUUUUCUUCACGAUAAUCAGGUAUGGACGGAUUCUUGACCAGUGCAUGGAAAACAAGCUAAGAUCUGUCAGCAAGCGAUAUCUUUCACUACAAAUAUGGCAAAAAAAAAAAAAAACUUUCUUCGUGUACUUUUUUAUUUUUUAUUGAGAAUAGGUUUCUUUUUCACUUAGUUACAUGAGCUCUGUAGCUCAAUAAUUCUAUCUGGUGUGUGAAAGCUGCUUCAGAAUCUAUGCGAAUAUAACUGGUAUUUUCAUGACUGAGCCAUGAGGAAUGGUUUGUAGCACUAGUGGCCUAUACUGAAUAAGCCAGUCUGAUGUUCCCAGUUUCAAGAAUCUCUUAUGCAAAUUUAGUUUGUCUCUAUAAAUAAAGUAAAUUAGCAAUGGAUAUGAGAAAUUUUUUUAACAAAUACAAGUGUCCUCUGUCCCAUGCAUGAAAAAUGCAGUAUACGUCAAGCUGGUUAUCAAGCUCCUGAUGAAUUAUCUUGAACAUUUGUUGUCAGUACCUGUGGUAACUGCUAUGCUAAUGUACACCUGCAAUUUCAUGCUGGGUCAUUGCACAUGAAGUUGUAAGGGGGGGGGGGGGGGGCACAAAAUUUUUUGUGAUGUGUACCACUGUUUCUUCCAAUAAGGGCACCUACCUAAAUUUUUAUUUUGGAAAUGAGCUUUUACUCCUGAGAUUGUGCCUACUGUUUCUGUAUUGGUUUUUCAUCACAUAUACAUACUUAAGCCUUGUUCUUAAGUGUUCUGACAUGCUUUCUGCAAACUUGCUUAUAUGACAAUCAAGAACAAAGAAUGCUGCCUGCUAUUUUUAUUCUUCCAUAUCAUUAGUGCAGGCAGCCCACAGCCAACAGCAUUGAAUACAAUGAUGAUGCAAUUGUCUUUAACAGGUGCCCUUGCAACUAUGAGCACUCAUUAUGAUUAGUGUACCACACCAUUUGAAAUCAGGAACAUCAUUUUAGCUUACCUUACUGUUGCAGAAGUGAGCACCUGGCUGCCAUCCUGGUCAUGUUGCAUUUGUGAGAUAACAUUAUUUCAGUCUCUGGAGUUUGUUUUACUUAGCUGAAAAAGGGGGAAGGAAAGAGGACUUCAUUUUCAUGAGUUGACUGCGCUUUAAGGUGAAGUUCACCAAUGAACAUUCUCUCUGUAUUUUGUUUCCCUGAAAAGAAAGAAAUGCACGGUUUUUGUUAGUACAUCUUGACGAAAACUUUUCUUUCUAUACGUUACUGUCAUUGUUCAUGCAUUUCAAGCCCAUUACAACCUCAGGCUGUUCUCAGAAUUAAUGCUGUCAGGUACCAUUUCUAAAUGUCUUUUUUUACUCAUGAUUUUCAAGGCCCUAGCGUUUACCUCUAAUAUUCAUGUGGACGAAACAAUGUUUACAAUCUGCGCUAAUGUGACAAGUAUGCAAUGCUUUAUAGCCUAGUGCACAACACUCGGCACUGGCUCAGGCUUGUUUGACAUCACCUAUCUAGCAAGGACUUCAGGAAGUAUUAUGGAACUCUUCUCUAAUUUCCUGUGCAGAAUGAACACUUACUGAGACCAGAGUAAAGCUGAGUUGAACUUUUUUUCCAACCUUCUUGUCGUAUAUUUUAGCUCUGACGAUCAAGGUAAUUUGGCAUGGUGUACAGCUAGAGCAGAAAUUGGAAUGGCAUAGUUUUGUUGCCCUACUGCAUUUGCCUCUAAGUCAGUGGAAACCAGACCACAUAUUUGGGGUGCCCAUAUGUGGCGUUAGCACUCAUGCGGUCUUGCGUGAACAUGUUAUAUCUGCGAUUUUUCACUGAAUUACUCGUAAAUGCCGUUCCACCAAAUCACGUUGCUGUUUACUUUUUGCACUGCUUGUAGAUGACAUGAUGCAGUCCUUUGUUCUGAAAUGUAUAAUGUCUUGUCCAUUUCCAUUUCUGUGCAAUUAACAUGAAAUACAUUUAAACCUGUAUGUUAUCUCAUUUCAGCUGGGUCAGUGCAAAUGCUUUAGCUGCAAUGUAGAUAUAGUUUUCACUGUUUGCUUGUUAUUCCAUUCAUUUUGUUUUUCCAUGCAAUGUGCUGUGUAAGUUUUUUUGUUUUUUUUAAGCUUCUUUCAUAGCUCAAAACAGCUACAGUUCCUAGUGCGAUGCUUUUUCCAGCACGUUUACAAUGUCAGAAUAGUUCUGGCCUUUGUUGUGACGAGGUCUCAUAUUAUUUUCUGUGUGUGUUGCUAUAUACAUUGCAGUGCCAAAAAAAGUAUGUAUUUCAUUGUAUGGUGUAAUGUUUUAAUGUUUCCUUUUUAGACUUUUACUUUUUGAUUGCUAAAAGCAAACUGGGCAGAAUAACAAUAAUUUUUCUAGAAGUCGGAGGACACUGUAGUGGCAGAGCUCGCCUUUAUAUUCACUUGUGCUACAGCAUAAGCAAAUAAUUGUUAUAAUCUUGCUGCUGAUUGCGUGACAUACGGGUGCAGUGGAACGAGUGACGGGCAUGUUUUUACAGUUUGCUUUGUCGUGUUAAUGUCAUGUUUGUACACUGCUGAGCUUGGUUUUGUGAGGAUCACACCAUCUGACAGCACUGCGUAAAGUUCAGGCCAUUGUGCACCAUAUAAUAUUUGCAUCAGAUUUUUACACAUUUGUUUGUACUCGUUAACCAAAUCAUUACUAAUUCAAAAAAAUAUUCGUCUGCAGGAUGGAAAUUAUAUUCUCCCUGAACUUGCUAUUAUAUGUUAAUAUGUCUAGAAUGCAACAAGGGAAAACACGGGGAAGGUGGGAGAUGGAAAUUCAAGACGAUGAGCAAAACGAGAACAAGGUGAAAGCAGGAGCCAACGUUUCGACAAGUGGACUUGUACUCUACAUCUUACAGUCAAAUUUCCGUUCCGAACGAGAAAGAAAAUACAGAGAAUCAUACCUUAUCUAUAAGAUCAAGACAUUGCAACCAAUAGGCAUAAACGUUUCAAAGGAAGCUUUAGAAUUUAUUUGCUAUGCUAAAUUUCAAGCUAUAGGCGUUUUUUUUUUUUUUUUCCUUCUUCUUCUUUCAGUUUUUUCCCCCUUUAUUUAUUUAUACCAUUUCAGUAUUCCCCUUUUCUUUCUUUUUUUUUUCUUUUUUUUCGACCCCUGGUUUCUGCUGCUCCUUCUAUUAUCUCUUUCAGAGACAUGAUAGCCUACGACCACCAGUGAAAGAGGUAAUAGAGGGCUGCUUGCUGUGCACGCCGUUGACACGCCGGCUGACACGUGAUUGACAGACGGCUGGGUCCCUGGCCUCGUGCACAGCACUCCUUUAUUCUCAAUUCGACACGCUAACACACCUUCGCUCGUUGCCGCAGCCACCCGCCUUACGCCCUCUCCCCUUUAGAAGAACCCCACCUAUAUAUACUGUGGCGAGGAAAGCAUAUGUCGCCUUGAAGAAGACAAGUCCACUUGUCGAAACAUUGGCUCCUGCUUUCACCUUGUUCUCGUUUUGCUCAUCGUCUAGAAGGCAACAAAAACAAAGCACACAUAGCACAAAUCAACAGAAGAAUUUGAAAAGAGAUUGCAUUCAUACAUUUCAUCUUAGCUGCUCACCAAAAGUGCGUGUGCACAUGCGUCGGUGUGCUGUUGAAUCUUUAAAAUUUGUUAAACAGUGCUGUAAAAAGAGUGAAAAUGAAUUUACAGUGCGGAUGUUCUGAAUCUACUUAAAUGAUCUCAGAGUAUGUGCAACAUCAGUGUAAUGUGUAUUUUCCUUGUAAUACAUUGCAUCAUGAGCACCUUGCUUUAACAAAGUGUGGUGAAAUGCAGGUCUCCUUGGGCGUCACAAAUGCUGUCAUUGUAGCUCUACAAAGCAUGUAAUGGUUUUAGCUGAUUGCUUUAUGAAACCAAAUCUUGGUUAAAAUACUUGUUAGCCUUACGACUAUUGGCUAAUACUACAUUGGUCAUUCCACACCAAGUGUACUAACCUUGGCAAUUGAUUAUCUGUGAUUUCUCUUCAAACAUUUUUAGGUGCUUGGAGUAUAAUGCGAAAAGUCAUUCCAUAAAAUAUUUUUCUUGAAAAAAAUUUGCCACUGGCUCGAGCACCACUCGAAUUUUCUCGUAAGGCACGAAAGUAUGCACCAUAACAGGCAUUGCCAUAAACUUCAAACCAAUAAUAAAAGAUGAACGCUUAAUUAACUCAGGAGAAUGAAGGUAGGUCUUACACCACAAAUUGCAUUAAGCACUUUUUAGCCACUCCUCCAUCUUUAUAAGCCAUUAAAUUUGGGGAAAUUAGUCCAUAUUUGGUAUUAUUUUUUUCAAUAAAAUGAUCUUAUACAAAAACAAAAUUUUUCUACAACAUAAGUGUCCAGGAACUGUACUUUACGUGAAAAAUAUUUUUAGGCAGAUAUAUAGCACAGGUGGCAAUAAAUAUGCAAGAAACUCAUUUUUGGCCUAUGUUUAGCCGUAAAUGUAACAUUCAAGCGAUCCAAGUAAAAAUAUGCUAAAUAGCGCUUCUGAUAGUGCUUUGCAUUCUUUUAAGACUGAGAAAGCAUUAUAAAAUUACUUUUCGUUUUAAGCGAGAAAAAAUCUUUUGAAGGUGUGUCCCACUGCUCUUGAAAUUGGCAUCCGUUUCAUCUUCACCGCAAAGCCUCUUGGCAGCAAAUAUAAUACAUAUGGAUGCGAGUGUUCAUGUGCCAAUAGAGGGUUGUAUGUAGGAAGCCCCCACUGCUUCUAAGUUGAAUUCUUUACGACUAUAAACAAGCAGCAUUAUAUACAACCCAAUGUUGCUAUCCAUUGUCGACCUGCUUGGCAUCUUAAGAUGGCAACGAGAAGCGCAUUGGCAGUCAUGCUAUAUGACUGCCUACGCUAAAAAACCUAUGGUUGUGAAAGGUGCAAUAAAAUAAUGGUGCCUCAGUCUCCUGAGAAACUUAAGUGUUUAUUAUUGGAAUGCAGUCUUAGCAAUGCCUAUUAUGGUGCAUACUUUUGUGCUUUACGAGGAAGUUCUGGUGGUGCUUUCAGCUGGCGAAAAAAAAUUUUUCUGGAAAAAUAUUUCUAGGAAUGACUUCGUGUUAUACACAAGUGGCUAAAAAAUUUUUAAAAAUGAAUCACAGAUGGUCGAGUGGCAACAUUAGUACAGCUGGCAUGGAAUGACCCAUAUAGGGAUUGGAACAAAGCUGUACCUGAGGGGUGUAAUUGUUAUUUCAAUUCUGUGAGAGACUUGUGAAUCAUCACAGAUCACAUGUGACCUGCACGAAAAUGUACAUUGUUAUCGGACCUGAGAUAGUGAAACAUGUGGUGGCCCACUAUAGAAUAACUUGGCACUAAUUUACAAUAUCUUGAAUGCAUACUUAGGCCAUGUCUUUAUGUUCAGUGAAUUUUGUAUAACAUUUCAUAAGUUAAAUAAUUACAUUAAAAGGUCUGGUGUUAUGCAGCCUUCAAAAUUGCAGACAACUGGCUGUAGGCUUAGGUUGCAUGUGGCACAGAUGUGUUUUCUCUUCCUGCAAGAUCAUCUUGGUGGUAGAACCUAAAGAAAUUUAAUGCACAAAUGGCAGUGCAAGUGACAAAAACAUGCUGCAAAUUGCAAGCAUUUUAUUGAUUCUUUUAACUUUAUGUUUAGGCUAAACUUUGAUCAUGCAGCAUAGGUAAUGGCAGUAUUGUUCUUCUAACAGCCGGAAAGCUUGUGCCUGUUGCAAGUGUUGUCAUUGUACGUAUUAAUUACACUGCACAUUAAUAGUAGCAGAGCACUGAAUGUGUUCAGGAUUGUUGGCAACAGGCUUAAAAACCAGUUUCUGUUCUGGAACCUUGGCAAGAAGACAAACUGUGUGGCAAUUGCUUCCGUACAUGGUAUGCAGAAUAAAUUUUUUAAAUUAAUUAUUUUUAAGGCAUUUUUUAAAUCUUGCAGCGAGUUUAAUUUCAAUGUUCCCUUGGGUGUAUUGGGUGUAUAACUUUCGUUUUAUAAAUUUAAAAGUAGCUCAAUAACAAAAUGUCAAAGAGCCAGUUGUUAUCGGCAAGGUGCAAAUCAACUGGACUGACACUUUGUUGUAUUCUAGCAUCAUUUUUGCUCUGCACAAUUUUUUCUUCUCGCAGUACACAUUUGAGCAGCUGCUCUGCAGUUUUACAUUCUUUUCAAUCAUUUAAUUAUUGACUCACUGAGCAUUAGAAUAGGUUUUUCACAGAGUUCAGCUGGGCAUACUGCAUUCACUCUGUAGGUGAUCGCAGUGAACCAGCCUUCAUGCUAGAAUAUGUGCAACUUGUACAUAUUACCUCUACUGUUUGCACGUUUUACUAUGGAAUACUCUCCGUCCUCGAAAUGUCCCAUCACGAGGUAAUGCUGAUAGCAAAUUAGCAGACAAAGGAAACUGAAAUUUUUAGGACCAUUUAUCACUCAAAUGUGCACAUUGUGCUGUGGUAGAUGAUCAAUUAUUUUCAAAUAUAUUGUACAAAGAUCAAAGGCCGCUUCAUCUUAUGUUGGGGAAAAUGUGGGUUAGCCUAUGGAAAUAUAUUUUUUCCAGUUGUGUGAAUGCUGUGAAUGUUGCAGCAUAGUAGAAGCAGGAUGCUAUACACAAGAAUCUCACAUUGAACAUUUGAAAGUAGAAGCAAUAAAGGAAGUUAAUAAACCUUA